GACACGCGGGUGUGUACGCACGUUUUUAUCCUACUUGAUAAAAAAAAACCUGAUAGCUCUUAAUUAUUUCUAUAAUGCCACAGGUGGCGACUAUGCUUCUACGCGAAUAGUAUUAUUAAAUCUCAAUUUAUUAUUACUGUAUACCGUCUGGACAAGAAUAUUUUUUGUUGCCGUUCCAGUGCAGUCCGAAUCCGUGCGCCGACAUGAUCGUAUUGGCUCUGAUCGCCGCCGCCUUCAUGAACGGCGACUGGCUGACGGUUGUGGCCCACACGCAAAAGUACCUCGACGAAGGACAUCGACCACAGUGGUCACACCACCGACCGCGACUGUCUUGCGCGUCGUUCUUCGAUGAAUUCAAAGUGCAGUUAUUCUGGGCCAUGGUCAUCGGAUACGGUAUAUACUUUGGCUUUUGUGGGUACUUUGAAUGGAAAUACUAUGUGAAGGGACGCGGCAAGGAGGCCCAGUGGAAAUGUCAACCGAACCGACACUUGCCCACACACCUGUUCUGGGACCAGAUCAAAUGGGGCUGUAUAGGUCUGAUGGUGACGAACGCGGUGUCCGCGGCGGUGGCCACACACGUCAGUUGCGGCGGUUACAGCAAAGUUUACAUCGAAUUCGGCCAGUACCCGUGGUGGUGGUGGAUUCUCCAGUGGCCAGUGAUAUUCCUCCAGCAGGAUUAUGUAACUUAUUGGAUUCAUCGGUCGUUCCACUCAAAGUUUUUGUUCAAACACUUUCACAGCAUCCACCAUAGGUACUUUCAGCCUACUCCGUGGUCGGUGACCGCCAUACAUCCGGUGGAGUUGACUGUCGUGCAACUGGCCAUGGUCGUGCCAAUAUUUAUUUAUCCCGUGCACUGGCUUCCGUUUUACGGAUUGGCUCUUUACACGUACUAUCACGGUAUCGUGCAACACACGGGAAUCGCUCUCAAGGCUCAGUGGUGGCAACCGUGGCAGCCGGAUUGCAUGUUCCACGACAACCACCAUCAGUACUGUCACGUCAAUUACGGAUUUAAUUGCUUUAUGUGGGACAAGAUCCACGGAUCCAUGAGAAAGGUCGAUCGUUGUUACAGUGUGCACACCGAUUCUUGGGGUUCUGGGCGACCAUUGGUGUACUUGUCGAGCAAAGAACGGCACCGAGAAAUCCAGGAGAGGAUCGCCGAAAACCCAAUGGCUUACCGCGAACAAAUUAAUCCGUACUUGUUGAAAGACAUCGACGGCGACAGUGAAUAAUAACUGCGAAGACUUAUUUGCAUGACCACCGCCUAUGAUUUGGGCCGACCUCUCUUCUUUUUACGUAUAUAUACGAACUAGAGUAAUGUUUAAACUCCAUAUGGUUUGUGACUUUCGUUUAACAAAUUCUGUAUCGCUGACAAAAUAUUAUUAAUAAUGUGACAUGUGUUAUUUUUCGUUUCCUCAAUACUAAACGAUAUACUUUAAUAGGUAUUAUGAUAGUCA